GCCAAAACUUUGCCAAAAGUGCGCACAGCUCGAGCGGAGCACAGCGGUGCGCGGGCUGCUCCGGACAGACCGAGCGCGCGCUCCCACGCGAUUCUGCGCUGCCCAAGACCAAGCACGCGACACAUACGCUGCCCCAAUGCGCCGCCUCCUCCCCUGGCUCGCUUUGACAUGCGCGCAAGACGCGAAGCCCUACUACGAGGUCGUCUUCGCCGUGUUAACAGUACCAAAUCAUAGACCACAUAGAGACGCUAUCAGAAAUGGCUACGGGCAGCCGGGCGGCUUCCGGACGAAGCUUUGGUUCGUGGUGUCAGAAAGGGACCCGGGGUAUGAAGGAGCCGCCUUCGUCGAGGAGCGGUCGAAGCGAGACGACUUACUGGUGUGCGACACGGAACCCGGGUUCGACCAUAUUAUCGGCAAGGUCUCUUGUGCCAUCCGGAAGGCCGUUCAGUUGUACGACUUCGACUUCUUCUUCAAGACGGACGACGACGCUACUCUAUGUAUUGCGCAGCUCGUCAAGGACCUGCGGGCGGCUCCAAAAGGUGCGAGUGUCUAUGCGGGGCGCCGCGUCAAGGCCGGACGAGCUUUAGAGGCGGGCAAGCCGCUCGAGGUCAAUCUUGGUUUAACAUCAGACCCGCCGCACUUCGGGGGCCACGGCUACGGCGUCUCGUAUGAUGUCGCGAGGUUCGUGGCCCGGCCGCCGGCGCCCUUGUACCACCACCUGCACGAGGACACGUGCUUCGGGAACUGGGUCGUCGGCUUCGACGUGAAACGUCUCAAUUUGAGAGCGAUGACGGACCACUACUACCCGAACCAGAAGAAUCUCGCGGGCGUCUCGCGUCCGUGUGGAAAUCGCGCCAUCGUGCAGACGCACUUACGGAGACGACGUCGCGUCGAUGGCGUUAGAACCUCCAAGCCAUCGUGCAGACGCAUUUCCACACGCAGGUCUCGGCCGAGCGGAAACGGGCGUGCGCCCGGAUCAUGGCCCAGCGCUACGCCAACGGCUCGGCCUGGGACCUCUACGGGUCGGGCUGCGGCUUCAAGCAGCUCCCUCGCAGUGUGCCCGUGGAGAAGUGCGUGCGCGUCGCGUCGGCUGCCGCGGCCGCGGCGCCGCGCGCGCGCCCCGCGCUUGCGUCAGUGCCCGCAUUGCCCAGCCAGGGUCUCGCCGUCGUGAUGACAAAGGGGGCCUGCGCCGUGGAUGUGCCCUGCGUGGCCGGACCGGACCUGCGCGCUGGAUUGAGACGGACGUCCGCGAAGCACGUGGUCGUCGUCUUUGGUGGAAACGUAGCUCCAUGUCUCUCAUCUCUCCGAAAGGAACUUGAAAUGAGGAGCGGCCCGCUCUACGCCGGCGCGGCUCCGUCGCGGAACGUCCCGCUGCCCGCGAGCCUCGAGGAACGGACAAAAUUAGGCGUCGCGCCCGAGCACUUUGAUGGAGUGGCGGUCCUCUCGGCGGAGCUCGCUUCGUAUGUCGCGUCCCAGGCAACGCCGCCUUUGCUUGCCGGUGACGGGCCCGCGGCUUUGGGUGUGUGGCUGGCGCCGUUCGAUGUUGAUCGGCGGCCGCUUGCUGCGUUGAGGGGGUGCGUGUAAUUGUGUUUUUGUGUGUAUCCGUCCGAUUAAAACGGGUGCCAUCGGCAGGCCCAGCCUGGCUCGGCGCGCUUGGUCUACGUAGUCCGCACGCCUAGCUCUCGCCUAUCACCAUCAUCAU